AUGAUAAGGACAGCAGAAACUAAAGCAGCAGAUGAGGCGGUGGCAUUGGCAAUAGACAAGGACAAAGGAAGCCAGCAUGCUAUCAAAUGGGCUGUUGAUCAUCUUCUCACCAAGGGCCAACCUCUCACCCUCCUCCAUGUCAAACAUACCCUUCCCAAUCAUGAGGGGGAGGAAGGGGAAAAUGUAUACAAAAAACCGGUUGAUGCUGAAACCAAAGAGCUGUUUCUUCCCUUCCGUUCCUUUUGCAAGAAAAAGUUGAUAAAGUGCCAUGAAGUCGUAGUUGAGGCUGUCGAUAUACCGAAAGCUCUCAUCAACUAUGUUAUCUCUAAUUCAAUUGAGAUUUUGGUACUUGGUGCACCAUCAAGACAUAGUUUUUUCAGAUCCUUCAAAGUAACAGAUGUUCCCAGUUGUGUGAUAAAAGGGGUACCGAAUUUUUGCACUCUGUAUGUCAUUGGCAAAGGCAAGAUCUCCAAUGUGCAAACAGCUACCAUUCCACCACCCAAAAAAGCUCGUAACCAAAUUCAUAAACAAUCCAGCAAAGUUUCCGAAUCAAAUGGUACGCAAUCCAUGCGUAAACAGCAACCAAGAGGACGAGCUUCAAUGAACAACUCAUAUGACCAUUCGCCAGAGAGUACCGAUAUAUCGUUUGUGAGCAGUGGAAGGCCAAGUAUUGAUCGCAUGUUCACCCCUCGAAAAUCGAUUAGUCCAGAAUUUGACAACCGAAGCUCUGCGUCAUCUUACUCGAGACGCCAGUUUAUUGACAAGAGCUCUUCCCCACAAGACUUCUCAUCAUCCUCAAUGGAAAGUGGAAAAUCAUGGUCAUCAUCACACAACAUGGAUGAAGUGGAAGCCGAGAUGUGGAGGCUCAAGCUAGAGCUCAAGCAAACAAUGGACGUGUACAAAAUGGCCUGCAAGGAGGCGGUCACGUUAAAUCAUGAGGCACAGGAACUUGACCGAUGGAAAUCGGAGGAGGAACAUAGAUUAAAUGAGGCACACAUAACAGAGGAAGCUGCAUUGGCACUAAUAAAGAAGGAGAGAGAGAAAUGUAAGGCAGCCAUGGAGGCGGCAGAAGCAGCUCAAAGGAUUGCUGAAUUGGAAGCACAUAAAAGGAGGAAUGCGGAAAUGAAAGCCCUUAAAGAAGCAGAAGAGAGGAACCAGGCAACAGAAGCAAGGGCAUAUAAUCUAAGGUACAGGAAAUACACAAUUGAGGAGAUUGAAGCAGGAACAAAUAAAUUUUCACAAACUGACAAGGUUGGAGAAGGAGGCUAUGGGCCAGUAUACAGGGGUGAACUGGAUCACACACAAGUGGCAGUCAAAAUUCUACGUCCAGGUGCAGCGCAAGGACAUUCGCAGUUCCAACAAGAGGUUGAAGUAUUGAGCUGCAUACGACAUCCGAACAUGGUUCUCCUUCUUGGAGCCUGCCCAGAGUAUGGCUGUCUGGUCUAUGAGUACAUGGCUAAUGGGAGCUUAGAAGACCGUCUCUUCCAGCGAGGUAACACCCCAGUUAUUCCUUGGCAGCUAAGGUUCCGAAUCUCUGCAGAAAUUGCCACUGGGCUUUUGUUCCUUCACCAGUCCAAGCCAGAGCCACUUGUACACCGUGACCUAAAACCCGGCAACAUUUUGCUAGACCAUAACUAUGUUAGCAAGAUUAGUGAUGUAGGUCUGGCCAGGCUUGUUCCUCCAUCAGUAGCCGACUCUGUCACUCAAUAUCGAAUGACGUCAACAGCUGGAACAUUCUGUUAUAUCGACCCAGAGUAUCAGCAAACCGGCAUGCUUGGAACAAAAUCUGAUAUCUACUCGCUUGGGGUCAUGCUUCUACAAAUAAUAACUGCCAAACCGCCGAUGGGUUUGGCUCAUCAUGUUGAGCUGGCUAUUGAGCUAGGGACCUUUGCUGAGAUGCUUGACCCUGCUGUUCCUGACUGGCCAAUUGAGGAAGCCUUGAGCUUUGCCAAGUUAUCUUUACAGUGUACUGAAAUGAGGCGAAAAGACAGACCUGAUCUUGCCAAGGUUGUGCUACCUGAGCUUAACAGAUUGAGAGCACUCGCUGAAGAUAGCAUGCAUUACAACAUGCUUGGUGGUUCGUCCCUGCCUUCACCCCUCUCAGCAUCGGCGACCCUUCAGAUCUCAGGGGAGCCUUCCACAAACAAACUUGCCGAACGGCAGGAGUUGAAUGCUCAUGCAAAGACUGGAAGAGAACUUGCUACUGAGAUGUAA